AUGCAUGCCAAGGUACAUACUCGUUAUCAGUUUCAGAUGAAAUAUAUAGGUAUUCUUAUUUGGGCGGCAACUGCUUGCUCUAGGCAUUCUAUAGAAAAUGAAAUUGUUGACUGCGAAGGAUCUGUGGUGGGUUUGACUUUCAAAACGAAAAAGCCCUUUUCCGGCAGAGUUUACGUGCACGGAAUGGCAGGAGAUGAAAAAUGUAGCAAAGCAUUUUUGAAAAAUCGAAAUCAGAGCAGAUUGCACGAUGCAAAGACAAAGGGUUACCGGUCAAGUACAGUAUCGUUUCAUGGCACUUUUGUAACCAAAGCUGAUCGUGCGUAUAGAUGUAUUUGCUUCUUCAAAAAUCAGAAAACUUUGACGAACUCUAUUGAAAUGUCUCCCAUUGGAACUACAGAACUUCUAAACACAUAUUCUACACCAACUUGUACAUAUUCGAUCCACAGCCAAGCACCAGAUGGACCAGUCGUGAUGUCUGGAACAGUCGGAGAGAGAAUUUAUCAUGUAUGGCAGUGUGACUCAACAUCUGGAUUUUUGGUGCAUAGUUGUUCCGUCAGUGACGGUCGCGGCGAACGAGUGGACCUUAUCGAUGUGGACGGUUGUGCUAUCGACCCAACCAUUCAGCCAGAUGUGCUCUAUGAAGACGACAAGGCAAUCGUGGAGGUGUUCGGCUAUAAAUUUAGCGAUGCAACUGUGCUGAAUUAUGAAUGUAUACUGGAGAUCUGUCGAUCACCUUUGGAGUGCGAGGGUCUCACUCCUCCAAAAUGUACCAUGGAUCAAACUAACAGCGCUUCUGAUAUCGAAAGAGUCAGACGAUCACGAGCGAUAGGUAAAGUAAAGCUUCAAAGCUCUUUUCCUAAAAGUUAA